AUGUCUGAACAAGUACCAACUGUUGAAUACUCAUCUGCAAGUCCACUGGUAGAGAUUGAAGUUAAUGGUAUUACUGGUAGAGAAGAAUUUAAUGCUAUAGAGUGUGAUAGUAAUGAUGGGAAUAAUGAAGUUGAUAGUAUUAUUGGUGGAGAAGAAAACCCAAGUUCUACAACUCACUUUCAUAUGCACUUGACUAGUUGUCUUCCACACAUAGCUGCUUUUAAGAGGCAAAAUGUUUUGACUAUUGACAUGAAGGGUUCUGAAUGUGUGAAUGUUGUAAAAAAUUUCUCGUAUGAUAUGAAAAAGAUUGAGAAAAAGAAGUUGAAGACAAUAUUGAGAGGUGUGAAUAAAGUCAGUAUAACAACCGACAUGUGGACUUCAGGUCAAAAGAUCUCAUAUAUGGUUAUUACGUGUCAUUUUGUUGAUCCUGAUUGGCAUUUACAAAAAAGAGUCUUAAAUUUUUGUAAUGUCCCACCACCACACAACGGGAUUAUUAUUGCUGAUGCUCUUCAAAAGUGUUUCACUGAUUGGGGAAUUGAGAACAAAGUAUCUACAAUAACAGUGGACAAUGCUAGAUAUAAUGAUGUAGCUUUAAGGGUUCUCAAAGAUGUUUUCAGUUUGAAAAAGAAGUUAUCCAUCAGGGGGCAGCUUUUUCAUGUGCGUUGUUGCGCACAUAUAACAAAUUUAUUGGUUAAAGAUGGACUAAGUGAGAUUGGUGAAAUUGUCGACUGUGUUCGAGAAGGGGUGAAGUACUUGGUUGCAUCAGAAGCUCGUAUCAAGCAGUUUAGUAAUAUUGCAAAACAAUUGCAAUUACCAAGCAAAAAACUUUUUUUGGAUGUUCCUACCAGAUGGAAUAGCACUUAUCUAAUGCUAGCUGCAGCCUUAGAGUUUAGGGAAGUCUUUUCGAGAUAUGGAGAUAGAGAUCAAGGCUUUAAUUAUGUUCCAAGUGUUGAGAAUUGGACCAAAGUAGAAAAUGUCUGUCAAAUUUUGGCAGUUUUUAAUGAGGUUACAAACAUUAUCUCAGGAACUGAGUAUCCAACUGCUAACUUAUUCCUUCCUGAGGUAUGGAGAAUAAAAGAGGUGUUGAACAAGAAGUCUCUUGACCUAAAUGAUUACAUACGAGCAAUGGUUGUGAAGAUGAAUACAAAAUUUGAUAAAUAUUGGGGGGAAUGUAAUUUGCUUAUGGCAAUGGCUGCUGUUUUGGAUCCAAGGUUCAAGAUGAUGCUAGUUCAAUUCUGUUUUCCAGUAAUUUAUUCAGAACCCGAAGCCACUAGAAACAUAGAUACCAUCUUGAGAAUCUUAUAUGAGCUAUAUGAUGAGUAUGCUGAAGAUUAUAAUUUAGCUAAUGUGGAGUCGAGUGGACAUGAAAAUGCUCGAGACAUAGGUUCUUCUUGUAGUAGCUCUAUCAAUGUUGUGGGGAAGAAUGUGAUGAGUGGCAAGUCUAUAUUUGAAUCAUUCGUUAGAAGGAAUGAUACCAUUCGUCCAGUGAAAUCUGAUUUGGAUGUUUAUUUAGAGGAAGGUGUCUAUGUUUGUAGUGAGGAUUCAGAUUUACAUUUUGAUGCCUUGGAGUGGUGGAAUGUUAAUGAUCUAAAAUACCGCAUUUUAUCUAAGAUGGCACCUGAUAUUUUGUCAAUUCCAAUUACUAUAGUGGCUCCAGAAUCUACAUUUAGUGCUGGUGGUAGAGUAAUUGAUCCUUAUCGCGCAUCAAUGUCUGUUGAAACAGUAGAAAUGUUAUUAUGUGGAGCUGACUGGGUUCGGGUUGAUGGUGAUUGGCAUUUGACUAGUUUUUAA